AUGGAGAAGCCACCUGUUGAGAGAAACAGAGUAAGUCAACCGAAGAAGACGUGGAGGAGAUCUACGCAAGAAAACGGUUACACAGAUAACCGUAGACGUGAAGGAGUUACCUCUAUGAAUAAAAAGGAGCAGAAACCGGUUAUAGAGAUAACCGAAGAAGACGACGUGAAGGCAAUUCACGCACGGGACGUCAAAAAGACGUUGAAGGUGAUCAAAGGAAGUCACCAAGCAAAAAAGGAGGCUGCUUACUCAAAUGAGAAAGGAGCAGGAACCGGUUACAGUGUUAACCGAAGAAGACGUGGACAAGAAGAUUCACGCAUGGAAGUGGUUACACAGAUAACCAGAGAAGAAGUGGGGAAGGAGUUUCACCCACGAGAUGUCACAGAGAUAUGA